UUCUGGGCUCCCACAAUGUCUGCUAGAAAUCCAAACUACUCCAGCAGGUCCAUGGUCAACCUGAGCACCACCCAGCGCUCCAUAGCCCAAAAGGCUUGGGGUGGGGGAGCUUCAGUGCGGGGUUCUAGUUUCGGGUCAAGCUUUGGCGGUGGAGUACAAGGUGGUGGAGGGGGCAUGGGGGUUGGCUUUGGGUCAAGCUUUGGUGGUGGAGUACAAGGUGGUGGAGGGGGCAUGGGGUUUGGCUUUGGGUCAAGCUUUGGCGGUGGAGUACAAGGUGGUGGAGGGGGCAUGGGGUUUGGCUACUCUGGAAGUGGCACAAUGGGGAGCUUUACUGGUGGAAGUGGUUCAGGAGCAGGUGGUGCUGGGGGCUUGAUGUCAGGUGGAGUCAAUGAGAAGGCUGAAAUGCAGAAUCUAAAUGACCGUCUGGCCAGCUAUCUAGAGAAAGUGCGCGCCCUGGAGAAGGCCAACGCUGAGCUGGAGGGCAAGAUACACAACAUCGCCAGCGCCAGCGCCAGAGCCGUUAAAGAGGUGGACUGGGCUGGCUACUAUGACAAAAUCCGUCCACUGCAGCAGCAGAUCCAGGACAAGAUCAUGGAGAAUGCCCGAUUGGCUCUCGAGAUUGACAAUGCAAGACUGGCAUCGGAUGAUUUCCGGAACAAGUAUGAGACUGAGCUGCUCCUGAGACAGUCGGUGGAGGCCGACAUCAAUGGCCUGCACGCUCUGAAGAUGGACUACACCAACACCCAGCGUAACUUAGAGAGCGAAAUCUCAAGCCUGCAGGAUGAACUGGAUUACUUGAAGAAGAACCACGAAGAGGACAUGAGUGGCCUCAAGCAGCAAAUGACUGGCACCAUCAACGUGGAAGUGGACGCCACCCCAGGCCCUGACUUGAACAAAAUCCUUGAAGACCUCCGUGAUGAGUACGAGAACCUCAUGCGCAAAAACAGAGACGAAUGGGCGUCCUGGUUCAAUAAACAGGCGGAAAGCAAUAAUCUAAAAGAACCGAGUGAAGCACAACCCGAAAUGGAAGCCGCAAAAUCUGAGCUGUCUGAAAGCCGCCGCCAGAUGCAGAACAUACAAGCCGAACUGGACGCACUGCGCGCAACGAUCCAAGCCCUGCAACAAGCCCUGCAAGACGUAAACGCCCGAAACGAACAGGAGCUGCUGAGGUACCAAGCCAUAGUGACGAGGCUGGAAGAGGAGCUGUCCUCGGUGCGCAGCGACAUGACCCGCCAGUCGCAGGAAUACCAGAACCUGCUUAACAUCAAAAUCAAGCUGGAGGCAGAGAUUGCGACAUAUAAGAGCCUGCUGGAGGGGGCGUCAGUUGAAGGCUCGGAAGAACAUCAUUCAGAUCACAAGUAAGAACACCGGAUGUCUCCACUACUGCUUCAACUGGAACAGCCCCUCUGGUCGGCCUCUAGCCAGGUGCCUUCAUUUUCUCAUCUGUUUCUAAACUGAUUAUUGCUUAGUA